AUACACCGUAAUGAAACAGGACAUGACCAUCAUCCUGAGCGCCAUUAAAGAGCUGUUGAGCUGUGAGGAGCUUCACAAUGUCCUUCAUUUAGUGCUGCAGGCUGGAAACAUCAUGAAUGCUCUCUGUCUCUCUCAGUCUGUCUCUCUUUAUCUGUCUGUCAGGGUGGCUCUGCUGGUAACGCCGUGGGCUUCAAACUCUCCUCUCUGCUUUUACUGGCUGAUACUAAAGCCAACAAACCUGGAAUCAACCUGCUGCACUUUGUCGCUCUGGAGAACAUGGAGCGAGGAAUGUGGGAGGAGUCUAGGCGCAAGCGUCUGAAGGAGUCAGAAGACAAGCAGCACUCGUGGGCGGGGCUUGAGGGUGUGGGCGGAGUCUUCGGUUUGCAGUCCAAUAGUAAAGUAGAUGUGGUGGCGGCGUUAAAGAGGAAGGGGCUUAUGAAACAGCUUGAGACAAGCCCUGAAAGUUUGUAUUGCUCACCACAACAAAACAAUGUGACCCUUGACCCCUGUGGAACGGAAACACUCGUACUUCCUCCAAUACACUCGCUGUCCAUCACAAAUGUGACAGAGGAGAUUGAAAUUAAGUCUCUUUCCAUACAGGAAUCCCAGAACAACGACCUUCAAACACAAAGUCAGGAAACACUGGGAAAUAAAGAAGUAACUCCAAACAUGACCUUUCACCCUUCACAAAUAAGUUUAGUGGUAGAACCAGAGCUCAUUAAUGACAAAUCAGAGGGAAAAACUAAAGAUAAUGUCUGGCCUACAACAGAGUCACUCCAAACAAGCGCUGGAGUGAAACAAACAAUCAGCAAACGAACCUUCAACCCUAAAAACAGAGCAUCUCUUUCUGUGAAAUCGCCUUCAUCUUCCACUAAAGCAACCUCAUCAUCAUCAUCAUCAUCUCCUAAAUGUGUGAGCUCCUCUGAAACCGCGAGUGUGAGGAAGCUCGUUCCUCUCCGGCAGCCCAGUAGUUCUGUGAGGAUUCAGGAGCGACCCGGUGGAAGCGUCCUCAACGUAGUAAAGAAGACGCCAGCGGUUCGACCGGAUGGGAAGAUGUGUCGUGCUACACUCCGAGCCCUCGACCGCCCCAGUCCUCAAACCUCUGCAUGCAAUUCAACGCUCAAACCACCAAGCUUCACUCGCAACACUGUGGCGUCAACAACACGACACAGCACCGCUCCUGGAAACCAGUCUAAACUUCCUCCACUGACCCACGCGGCUUCACUCAGGCUCUCUCAGGUCCUCAAGCCGAAGCAGACGCCUGCAGAAAGUGUUCGCCCAUCGCCCCCUGCUGGACGUCUGAGGAAGAGCAGCAGCGCCGCCUCUCAAAGCUCAGUGUUUACUCGUGGGUCAUGUGAUAAAAACGUCAAACCCACCUGGAGGUAGAGAGACAGUUAUGCUAGCACUGUCUCUCCUGCUCACCAAGGCCACAUUUAUUUGAUCAGAAAUGCAGUAAAAACAGUGAAAUAUUAUUAGAAUGUAAAACAGCUGUCUUCUGUGUGCAUAUAAGUUAAAGUGUAAUUUAUUUUUGUGAUGUGCAGCUGUAUUUUCAGCAUUAUUACUCCAGUCUUCCGUGUCACAUGAUCUUCAGAAAUCACUUGGUGAAAGUGUCUUGAACAUUUCAAUGAUAAAUAUUUUUUUUCAAGAUACAUUCGUUUUUGACCAAUAAUCCAAAAACAUCAUGCAGGCAUAUUAGUCAGCUAAAAAUGCAAAAGUUAGCCUAUAUUCAGUGGUUCUCAAAUAUUUUCACAGAUCAGUAGUAGUCAGCUGUGCACUAUAUACCACUACGUGAUCAUUUACAUAUAAAUACAUGUUAGCAGUUCAUAUUUGUGAAGGAAUAUUUAUGGAAUUAAACAUGUAUUAAUAAUUUUUAUUGUAAAAAUUUAUAGUAAUCUUUUAGAUUUUUCUGAUAAACCUGUUAAUUCAGAAUUUUACAUGCAGAAACAUGGGUAAUGUGCUGUUUGAUUUAAUAUUUUAACAUUUAAUUUUUUUACAUAUAAAAAUAAAUACAAUAAUAACAGAACCAAAACAAUACAACAAAAUACAAAACAAAUUGAAUGUAUACAUGUCCAAAAAGAAGCAGGAAAAAGCUAAAUAUUAAAAUUAAGCUUAAUAUAUUAUGGCAGUAGUAUAAUGGAUAUUAAGUAUUAUUAAAGACCUCUGAGCCAUCUCCACCAAAAUAUAGAAAUCAUGAUUUUAGCUUAUUUAAUAUGCAGCAAUAAAUAUGUUUUUUCACAGUUUAAAUAUAUAUAUAUAUA